CAUGAUCUCACUGGAAAGAUUGGCCCCUCUUCAAGCCAGGCUAGCUGGUACUCUAAUUUUGAGUGUUCUUGAUGAGCGGAUGACGUAGAGAGAUAUAGAGAAGGAUCGAGAAAGAUGGUGAGAGCUCCGUUCUAUGACAAAAGUGGAGUAAAGAAAGGGGCAUGGAGUGCUGAAGAAGACGAUAAGUUGAGAACUUAUAUCCAAAGAUAUGGCCAUUGGAACUGGCGUCAACUACCGAAAUUUGCUGGUAUACAAAGGUGCGGGAAAAGUUGCAGACUAAGAUGGAAGAACUACCUUCAACCAGGUGUAAAACAUGGAGAUUACACUGAAGAAGAAGAGGCUUUAAUCAUCAAACUACAUGAACAACUUGGGAAUAAAUGGUCGAUGAUUGCUGCAAAAUUACCAGGAAGAACUGACAAUGAAAUAAAAAACCAUUGGCACACCCACAUGAAGAAGAAGAAGCGCACAUCUGGUCAAGUUGUACUUCUAAAAGAUCAUCAGCAGUCUUCUGAUGAUCACGAGUACUCAUCAAGCAAUUCAGAAUAUCAAUUAGGGGCUCACGAAAGUGCUACUCAUAAUUGUAAUGAUGCUAAUUCUCUACAACUACUUCAUCCCCAAAUUUUGGAGAGCUCCCCUGUAGUAUCCCGUGAGUCAACGUUUUCCAGUAGUACUAGUUCAGCAAAGUAUUUCUCCUCCUCCUCCUCCUCCUCAUCCUCAAGCUCCCCUAAUAAUCAUGAAGCACGAGGUUCUACCGUGAUCAUGAACUAUCUUGGUGAUCAAGAUAUUGUCAUGGUUUCAUCAUCAGAAACAAUGAUAUUGGAUCAAGAAUACAGUGCUGGUGAUUUUUGGACCAAACCGUUUCUACAGGACAAUACCUGUAUCGAAAGUGACACUAUAUCAUCUUCGUCAUCGUAUUUAUUGUCCUAUGAUGAAGGCAUGGAUUUGUUCUACCAGGUCAUGCCAACACCGCAAGAGGGUAGUUGAAGAUGUAAUAUUCAUAAAUGGUUAGCAAUUAAUUAGCUAAUCAUGCAUGAUAUUGUAGUGUGUAAUGUGGGUUUAUGCAUGAUAUAUAAUCGAUCGAGUGGUGGUUCUUGUAAUAAAACUUUCCCAAGUUGUCAAGUAA